AUGUUGAUCAGUGGUAGCAGCAUUAGUAACAGCAGGCAUGUUUGUAAUGUCUUGAAAUAUUAUCUAUCAGCUGAACUUCUUGUACCAACAUCAACAACACCACCAACAACUCAAAAAUCGGCAUCAUAUUAUGAUACAACAACAUCAUCAAAGUAUUAUCAACAUCAUCAACAAUACACAUGUACAUACAACAAAUAUAAUAUAAACUAUAAUAAUAAUAACAACUAUACACUUUUACAACCAACUCAUUUAAACCAUCAUGGUGGUGUGUUAAAGUAUUAUUGUACAGUUGUUAAACAACAACAACAACAAGAUCCAAUCAUAUCAAAGAAAGUAUCACCCAUUAGACCAAUCAGUCAUACUAUUUACAAUGAUCCAGUUGAAUCAAUCUAUGAUGCAAUGACAAAAGAAGAGUUUGAGAAACACCUCUCUGCCAAGUUUAUGAUGAGUGGAUUCCAACCUAAACUACUUCUAAGUACAAUACAAAGUGAUACAAUGUAUCAAUCACCAACGAUUCUAUAUAUGGUUUGGCAAUGGUGUGAUAAAUUACACUCCUAUAAAACAAUAGAUAUCUUUAACUAUAUAUUGACGUUUCUACGUAAGAACACCAUUGGAAAGAGUGGACUAUUUCAAGAGAUGGCAAAUGUACUCUUGAGGGAAAAGUAUGCACCCAUUGUAAAGAUUGACACAAUCAAUAUUAUACUGGGAUACUACAACGACAUUGAAGAUCACGCGAGUGUACAUCGAAUUGUAUUCAUGUUGACAAACUAUCGAAAAAGACUGGGAUUUGAUAACGACACUUAUAUUGAAUUUAUCAGACUAUGGGAAAACGAUCGUACAAAGCUUGAACAAUUACGACUCAAGAUUGAAAAUAGACCGGUUCAACGAAGCGAUGUUUUAAACGCUCAUCUUAUUCGUGCCAUUAUUUUAAAUGGAGACUACAAGGCUGGUAUGCGUAUCUUUGGUCGAUUGGAAGACCCACCCAACGCAGUGGUGUUUGAUGCCAUACUAGUAUCGUUGGCAUCGAUCAAUCAAUUUGACCUUUUUGAACGGUACUGGAAGAAAAUGGAGGAGAUGGGUGUCGAACCGCUGCCUCAAACCAUUGCCGUCUCAAUCAUGAAACAUGGUCAAUUCCUCGGGUCGGACCAAUUCAACCAAUUUUACAAUCUCAUUCAAGAGCGGUACACUCACCUGGUAGUACACCCCGAGGUGUUGGCAUCAUUCAUUCACACCCUUGCCUAUGAAAGUCAUUCGUACGACUAUAUCGAAAUGUUUCUCAAUCGACUACAGGAAAUGGAUCUUUGUACACCAGAACUUUGUUGCAAUACCCUCUCUAUCGUCGUUACCUAUGGUUAUGCAUCGGUUGUUGAAAAGUGUUGUAACGAUAUUUACAAUAGAAUAUUUAAAUUUGCAUUUGAUGAAAACUUGAAAAAAUAUAUAAAUCAACAUCAACAAUUACAAUUUGAUCAACCAACAAUCUAUAAUAAUAAUAAUAAUAAUCAACAACAACAAAAUAACAGUCAAAAUAAUCAAGAUCCAAAUAUAUAUAGUAAUAGAUUAAAUAAUAAUCAAAAUCAAAAUAAUAUAGCAAUGGAAAUAGAACCAAAAGUACCAAUAAUGGUAUUUGAAAGAUUGAUUUGGGCAUCGAUUAGUUUAAAUAAUUUGGAUAUGGUUAGAAAAUGGUGGACUGCAAUGAUGCAUCAAAUUUGGCCGUUGGCUAUUAAACCUCCCAAGGUUAUCUAUUCAAAUUUGAUGCGAUACUAUUUGACACGUGGAACAAAGAGAGAAUUGGACACACUUAUUCGAACGUUGCUCAUCUUUGAUAUGGGUGUUUCAUUGGACCAAGCAAUGGGACAAGACCAAAUUCCAAACACCAAGAAACUGAUCGCCACUGGAAACGAACCAUACGAACAGAUUGCAGACACUAUCGUCUAUUUUGAGAUCUAUGCCGAGGAACAGCACCGUUGGGGUACGCAACUGUGCACUAGCUAUGUCACGCAACUCGAACAACUAAAGACCAAACACGCCAUACGACAAGCUUACAAUCGAAUCAUCCACAACUAUCUCUUGAUAGGUCGUUUGGAAGAUGCUGAGCGAUGGUUCAGCAAACUCGAACAAAACCACACACCAACAGCCUCUCCCUAUCUCUGGUUCAUCGUCUAUCACACUUUUAGACGCCAGGGCAGACUGGCAGCAGAGUGGGAGAAAAAAUUGAAAAGGAGUGGUGCUUACAACGAGGGCACCUCCGAAGUGCAAAGAAACAAAGUCUAUGACUAUUAUAGAAAACACUGUAACUUUUCACUCUCAAAACCAAUGACGACAGCUUUACAUUCUACUCCUUAUUUCAUAUAA